GGGGUGGGUUAGGAGAGAGUCUGUGGUUUCCAUGGAGAUGAAGCUGAAAGUGCAGGAAAUUUAAAGGCUUUGGGUCCUUGCAAAGCAGACAAACUGGUGCCAACGUGCGUGGCUGCUUGUUGCUGCUGAGGAGGCUGCUUUGCAAACGGCGGAGAGGAGCGGGGAGGAAGAAUCGGCAGCUACUUCUUCCACACGCACGGGCAGACAAGGAGAAGCGGCAGCAACAAGCAGAAUUCGCAACAAAAAGAGGCAUCUCCCGUUCCCGGGAAGGGCGAGAAGAAGCAGCAGCAGCAGAAUUUUGGAGCGGCUCCACCAGGAGAAAUUUUAUAGAGAAGCCUGCAAGAGAGAGUGUUUGCAGGGGGCUUGUUCUCCGCGCUUAUCAGGGGGCUGUCUUUGCCGGUGGUGCGGCGAGUGGAGAUCGUGGUGCCCUUCAAAGACGAGCUAUUUUGGAUAUCCCCGUACAAGUUUUCUGAUGUAUUUGCUUGCACCUUCUUCCCUUGCUGUUUGGUGAAUCCAGCCCCCCCUUCCCCCCACCCCCCAGUCUCCCAAGGAUGGAUCAUUCCCAGUGCCUUGUGACUAUAUACGCCUUGGUGGUUCUGCUGGGUCUCCGGCUAGAGCAGGGCGCCUGCCAGCACUAUCUGCACAUCCGACCGGCUCCCAGCGACAACUUGCCCUUGGUGGAUCUAAUCGAGCACCCGGAUCCUAUAUUUGACCCCAAGGAGAAGGAUCUUAACGAGACCUUGCUAAGGAACCUCAUGGGCGGACACUUCGACCCCAACUUUAUGGCUGUUUCCUUGCCCGAGGACCGGCUCGGAGUGGACGAUCUAGCUGAGCUGGACUUGCUGCUCAGGCAGAGACCCUCGGGAGCGAUGCCCAGCGAAAUCAAAGGGCUGGAGUUUUACGACGGGCUGCAGCCGGGCAAGAAGCACAGGCUGAGCAAGAAGCUGCGCAGGAAGCUGCAGAUGUGGCUUUGGUCCCAGACCUUCUGCCCGGUCCUAUACACGUGGAACGAUCUCGGCAGCCGCUUUUGGCCCCGGUAUGUCAAAGUGGGCAGCUGCUACAGUAAAAGGUCUUGUUCAGUCCCCGAAGGCAUGGUUUGCAAACCUGCCAAGUCCGUGCAUUUAACGAUCCUGAGGUGGAGGUGCCAGCGCCGGGGCGGGCAGAGAUGCACAUGGAUACCCAUCCAGUACCCCAUCAUCUCGGAGUGUAAGUGCUCCUGCUAGGGCUGGCACUUCCCUUCGCGCCCCUUCUCCAGCGGACUCACGUGGACCUUUGCUGCAACAGAAAUAAAAGACAUUUGCUUUCUGGUUAACGUUGUAAUGCACUGUAACGUGUAGGAGAAUGUAUAUUGUGUGUAUAUAUGGCACCGGUUUAAUAUACUAUUAAAAGGUCAGUAUUAUACGUGAAAUAAUCAGCGUCUACUGUAUUUUCAAGACUAUUACCCUGA